AUGGUGACACGAUCGAGACUUGUGCGAGUGCUGCAAUCGCCCAGCCGGCGAAUGGGCGCAAUUGGCGGUGCUAGAAUUUUGCCGUGCCAUGCAAUUGCGCCUGCUCGAUGCUUUGCGACUUCGGUCCCAAGAUUGCUGUCUCAAUCACAGGCAGUCCAGCACCUGGCCAAGCUCACAUCUGAAACGUACCCGGGCCUUACGAGAGACGCCAAAUAUGCGUCACUGACGGCGGAGGAUGUCGCUUACUUCAAAAACCUGCUGGGAGGCGAGCAGGCCGUGAUUGAUGGCUCCCGCGCUGGUUCGGAGGAUGAUCUCAAGCCCUUCAAUGAGGAUUGGAUGCACAAGUACCGCGGCCAGAGCCGACUCGUGCUCAAGCCGGGAUCGACCGAGGAGGUCAGCCAGAUUCUCAGGUACUGCAACGACAGGAAGCUGGCGGUGGUGCCACAGGGUGGUAACACCGGCCUUGUUGGGGGCUCGGUGCCUAUUUUCGACGAAAUCAUCAUCAACAUGAGCCGUAUGAAUCAGAUCCAUUCCUUCGACGAGGUCAGCGGCUCACUUGUGUUGGAUGCUGGAUGCAUCUUGGAGGUCGCCGAUCAGUACCUCGCUGAAAGGGGAUACAUCUUUCCCCUCGACUUAGGAGCUAAGGGAUCGUGCCAUGUGGGCGGUACUGUUGCCACCAAUGCUGGAGGCCUGAGACUGUUGCGCUACGGAAGUUUGCAUGGAAAUGUGCUGGGCAUGGAGGCCGUGCUGCCAGACGGCACCGUCAUGAACGAUUUGUGUGCUCUGCGCAAGAACAACACGGGUUACGACUUGAAGCAGCUGUUUAUCGGUGGCGAGGGAACCAUUGGCAUCAUCACCAAGCUGGUCAUCCAGUGUCCGCAGCGCUCGGCUGCCGUCAAUGUGGCUUACUUUGGCCUGGAGUCCUAUGAGAAGGCGCAGCUUGCCUUCCGAGAGGCAAAGAAGCAGCUGGGCGAAAUCCUUUCUGCCUUUGAGCUGAUGGAUUCUCGGACGCAGCAGAUUGUGCACAAGAUCAAGGGCGAGGAGCGGCCGCUAGAGGGCGAGCACCCCUUCUACUGUCUUAUCGAGACCAGCGGCUCCAACGGCGACCAUGACUACGAGAAGCUAGAAAAGUUCCUCGAGGACGUGCUUACCAAGGAAAUCGUCGUCGAUGGCGUCGUCGCGCAAGGCGAGGGGCAGGCCAAGGCGCUGUGGAGCUGGCGCGAGAGCAUCACCGAGUGCAUUGGCCACGGCGGCGGGGUCUACAAGUAUGAUGUCUCGAUCCCGCUGGCCGAGAUGUACUCGCUUGUCGAGGAUGUCAAGACGCGCAUGGGGGAGGCUGGCCUAAUCGGCGAUACCGAGGAGUACCCGGUAAGCGCAGUGGUGGGCUACGGCCAUAUGGGUGACUCCAACCUGCACCUCAAUGUGGCCGUAAGACGGUAUGACGCCAAGGUCGAGGAGGCUCUGGAGCCCUUUGUGUACGAAUGGAUUGAGAAGCGUAAUGGUAGCAUCAGCGCCGAGCAUGGUCUGGGGCUGGCCAAGAAGAAGUACGUGCAGUACAGCCGGAACGAGACUGUGAUUGGCUUGAUGAAGCAGAUUAAGAAGCUCUAUGAUCCGGUAAGCCCACCCAUCUCAGUUGUCGUUUGUCGCUUGUUUCUUACCCUUGCGCCUUGCCACACACACUUACGCGCGCGCGCGCAUACACGGACUCGCCCACAUACCUUUAAGCUCACAGACGCACACACACACACUCACACACUCACAAAUAUAUAUAUACAUACAUCAAUAUAUAUACAUAUACAUAUAUAUAUAUAUACUUACGCGUGCGCCAAGAUAGACAUCAUGGUUGGUGUUCCUGGCAAGUAUAAGGGGUGUGAGACCUGCCGCAGGCGUCGAGUCAAGUGCAGCAAUGAGCGUCCAUUUUGCCAGAACUGCAUUAGCAGCGGCAGAACUUGCGAGGGCUACGAGAGAGAACGAGUCUUUAUCACUGGCACACCAGAGACCAAAGGCCGUGUAGCUUCGCAUCCAAAGAAGACGACACCUUCCAAGAAGCCAAAAGCCAGCCCUAGCCCGAGUGUCAAGGCGGACGAGCCAGAGAGCAGCAGCAGCAGCAUCUUCAGCGGCCCUCAGCUCUUCCAACCCCUGACACCACUUACCUCUGCCUGGGACGACUACGUUCGAUUGACAUCGGGGGCCCAAGGGGGUACCGGAUUUCCAGCUCUCAUCACUGCGCUCCAGACGAAUUUGCAAAGUGUGGCGAGACUCGAGGCGGCUGUCGGUGGUGAAGGCGGCGGUGAUGGGUCGGCCGCGGGACUUUUGAGUGCUAUACAGUUUCCUCCCUACGCGGCGGCUGAAUUGCUGCCGGUGGCGGACGAUGCCUUCGGUAUGAAUGCGCAAUGUUUUGUGCGCCAAAAGGCCACUAAUGCUGAGCAUGACUCGACAGAGAGCUACUGCGCGUUUCUAUUCGAGCACGAUUCGUCCGGUGCAUCAUGGAGGCUCACGGCCGAACAGAUGACUCGGCUUGGUCCGCAUUAUUUCGCCUCCUUUCCAAAUCAUCACUUCUUCGUGAGGGUGUAUCGCCCUGUAGCUGUAGCGCCGGAAUGGACCACGAUACCAUGGGACCAGCAUCCAAAGUCCCCCCUCGACCAGCUGUUUGAUAUCAUACUUCAGCUUCCCGCCAUCUUCGAGCAGAUGGAUCGAAUCAUCCACCUCCAGGCGACACUCGCCCGACGCACACAAGCCCAAGAGCUUCUCCAUCAUUGCCUGGUCGUGGAAGCCCAGUUCCGACAGUGGCUUCAGGAAGCUUACAGAGGAACGGAAGACCAUCCAUACCCAUUCUGGGCUGAGGAGCUAAGGAGCCCUGGCGGCGCCAUUCCUUUCGCAAACGCAUAUGCGUUCAAAGACGGAGUCACUGGCUUGAUGUUCGUCUAUUAUUGGAUGGCCAUGAUCCCAUUCCACCGUUGUAUCGAACAUAUUCACAUGGCCAUCUUCCAACCGGUUGUCGACGCCUAUCCCAACAUGUGGCCAGAACUGCCACCCAGCUUGCAAAUCGACCCAGUGCACUAUCAAGACGGACGAGAGUUGGCUGCCAAUAUCUGCAGAGGACUUGAUUCGGCGCUUGAUUCUACCGUCCAGCCGGACUUGCUCCUGGGGCCGAUGACAGUUGCCAUGGACUUUUACCGAGACGUCAAUGCCGCAUCACAGGAUGGCGUGCUCGAGAUCCUCUGGCUGGACGGCUUCAAGAAGCGACUAUGGGCGAAAGCGCAAGCCGUGACGAGUGUCUUGCAAGCCCAUAAAUGGUCUGAAGUGGCCAAAUUCUAA